AAUGUGGUAAACAGCACCUUGGCCUCGUGGAAUUGCCAAAAACAACCAAUAAUACAAGCCAGGUUGUGGUUGUUAGCACAGACAGUUGUGUUAAUACCAGUGAAUCGGAGCAGGGUGUUUCGGCGUAGGAGCCCCUCGGCAAUUCUCUGCAUCCUGCUUCUUGUUUCUCUUUGAUCUUUGAAUAAGAAAGUGCAGUACUCCAAGGAAAAAAAGCUAUUUAUGACUUCUUUACCUGUGUAUGUGAAUGUUUGGCAGGUCACGUCCGCCCCCCCCUUACACACAUGAGUGCUGUUUUCUCCUUGAGCUGGGCCAAGCGCCAUGCCUGACCGGGACAGCUCCUACCUGUCUGGUGGCAGUGGGAGUGGUGGUAGUCUGGGAGAGGAAGGAGGACCUGGUUCUGGUUUGGCGGGGGGCUCCGUGGAAGGCAGAGGGGUCUCAGGAGGAAGUCUUGGAAGCAACAUCUCUGGCUCUGGGAGCAUGGGGGGAGGAGGGGCGCUUGGUAAUGGCAACGGUUGUGGGAAUGGUGGAGCUGGGGGGCAAGGGGCAGGACUGGCGCUGGGCGGUGUGUGCAGGGACUUCAUACGCAACGUCUGCAAGAGAGGAAAGCGAUGCCGCUUCAGACACCCAGACUUCAACGAAGUGCCAGACCUCGGAGUGCAAAAGAAUGAAUUCAUCUUCUGUCAUGAUCACCAGAACAAGGAGUGUAUGCGCUCCAACUGCCGCUUUGUCCACGGAUCUAAAGAGGAUGAGGACUAUUACAAGAAAACAGGAGAGCUACCCCUCAGACUAAGAGGGAAAGUUGCAGCACGGCUGGGGUUGUCCCCCAUGGAUCUCCCCCAUAGCCGUGGGGAGGUCCCUAUCUGCAGAGACUUUCUGAAGGGAGAGUGCCAGAGGGGCAAUAAGUGUAAAUUUCGCCAUGUCAAAAAAGACUUUGAAUAUGAGCCUUCAAGGGCUGGGGUGGGUGGUGUUAUAGGGCCAGGUGCCAGUGGAAUGGUGAAUGCUGGGGGCGGGAUAGGUGGUGGAGGAGGCGGUACCUGUGGAGGAAUGCAAGGACUUGUGGGGGGUGGAGGUGGAAGUAAUAUGAUGGGGAUGGGUUGCCCCAGCCUGGGUGGUUGUAGAGAUCCAGGUAUCACAGGAGUUGGGGGGGUAGGUGGAGGUGGCAUGAGCACUUGUCUGUCCACAAGUUCUACAGGGCAGCGACGUUAUGACAGGAGCUCGUGCUCCGUGUAUGACCCUCUGCUUGAGAGCGGGCUGUUUGAUGUGAGCUCCCUAGAGGCCUCUAUGGACCACACUGCUCUACAGCUGAAGAGGCGGCGGUUGGAGGGGCUGCGCCUGGCAGAUAUGACUGGAGGUGCACAUUAUGAGCUAGGAGUUCAAGCCACGUUGCCGUCACGUCCUCUGGAGUACAGGUUCCUGGAGGAAGAGAACUCCCUGCUGAGGAAGAGAGUAGAAGAGUUGAAGAAGCAGGUUUCAAAUCUCAUCGCCACAAAUGAGGUUCUGCUGGAGCAGAACGCCCAGUUCCGGAACCAGGCCAAGGUGAUGACGCUGUCUUCUACUCCUGCACCCACUGAGCAGAGUCUGGUGCCCCCUGUGGGUGCAAUUAGUUCCUACAAUCACAGCAUCGCCCAGACUCACACCACCCUGAGCAGCGCCGGACUGCAGCCUCGGCCCGUCACUCAGCAAGACCUGGUCGCUCCUUCCGGUGCUCCUUCGGCUCCCCAGACUAACAGCGCCCCACCUUCUGCCCCGCCGCCUCACCUCAACCCCGAGAUCACCCCGCUGUCGGCCGCCCUUGCACAGACCAUUGCUCAAGGGAUGGCGCCACCUGUUUCUAUGGCGCCAGUGUCUGUAUCUGUGGCCCCGGUGCCGGUGUCCAUGACGCAGCCUCUGCCUGGCAUCACCAUGAGUCACGCCACCACCCCGAUGGUGUCCUACCCCAUCGCGAGUCAAAGCAUGAGGAUCACCACUCUGCCUCACUGACUGAUUAAGUGUAGGACUGUAGUAUGAAAAAGACUGUAGCAUCCUUAACUGUGAUUUUUAACAUAGAUGAUACUCUUUUAUGUGUAUGAGACUUGACUGAUGAUGGAACAAUGAAGUACCAGUACUUCUACACCAGAGGGCAGGACACACACUCUCUGGUGUGUGGCAGCAGUACAAGGACAUCUUUCCUCCAUACUGACCUGUGAGCAGUUUGUGUACCAGAGGGAUUUUUUUUUUUCAAACACAGGCUCCAAAAAUGGCAACAAACUGAAAAUAUGCGAGGGCCUCCAUAGUGUUUGAACCAUUUCUGCAACACUGUUGUGUUGUCCUUGUUGGGACUUUGGAAGCAGUUUGUGUUCAUAUUUUUGUUGAUUGUUCUAGUGUAAAUUAACUUUUGCACAUUUAAAAAAAAAAUAACAGCCACUCAACAA